AUGGCGCCAUGGUCGCUCUCCUGGCAUUUCCUUCUCCCCUUCCUGGGCUCUGUUUGGGUUUUUGCUGAAGCAGAGUCCACUUGCUUCGCGAAUGCCGUUGCUGAAGGGGACCGGAAAUUUCUUUCAGGCCCAAGCGGGCCUUAUCCCAUCGGCGUUUGGGUCUGCGAUUGGCCAGCAGCCUAUGUAACUUCAGAAGUGGUCCACAUCUUGCUCGAAGAAAUUCUAGGAUUUCGCGUUGUGCAGACGGGCCCAGGACCCAGCACGGUUGAUGGAUUUUUUGCACUCACAGGCUGUGCAACACCGACCAACAUCGAGGACCGCGGAUGUUCGGCAGAACCCGUGGUUACUACAAACCAUAUCAACGUAGAGGGUUGGACUGAGUCGUAUGCCAGCACAUGGGCGGAGAUUGAGCGCGACUACCCGCAGAAUGCGCCGAGAAAUUUGGGCAAUAUGGGCUAUUUUGGGAAGACCUCCAUGUACCUGCCCGCGAAUAUAAGACAAGCGGCCUACAAUGCAGAAGGCUGGAUCUUGGAGUUCUACCGGGGCUUCAAUGUGUCCUGGACCCAGCCCGCCAAGUACUUUGACCAUCACAGCAGCAUCGACAAAGACCGGCUGAAAAAAUGCGUGGAUACCAGGCUUAUGGUCAGCCAGGCGAUGGAGGUGUAUGCAGACAUCACGGGAGACUGGCAUGGAGUGGAAAUCCUGACGGAUGACAACGGCAACCGUGUCGUGAGGGGUAAAUGUUGGGAUGAGUACUUCUGGUAUCCGCCUGCAUGCCGCGACGAGCCUUCCAAGUGCGUGAUCUUCUUUACCGGGGGAAGUGGUUGGAAUUUGGAGGAGACCAUGCAGAAAGCCACCGCCUGGAACAUGCCCCUGGCUCCUGCAAUUGCAAAAACUUGGGGGGACUACACCAAGCUUCCACUGCAGAUCGGUAGUACCUUCUAUUGGUGGGUACCAGAUCCCACCUUCCUGUUGUUGGAUCCUGUGGAAAUCACCUUCCCACCCUUUGAUCGCACCGCGUUUCUACGGGGAGACAAGCGCACCUCACCGACUGCCUUGUCAGUGGACAAGUAUGUGAGCCAGGACCUUCAGACUUUGGCGCCUGAAGCACACCAUUUGGUUCGGGGCAUGGUCAUGGACUUGGAGGGAGUGAAUGACAUGCUUCGAGAUCAGUUAGAGACAGGUAACUCCAGUCGGGAUGUGGCCUGUCGUUGGCUUCAUGGGCACGAGGAUGUGUGGAAACCCUGGUUGCCAGAUCCCACCAAGUGCUUCAGUGGCUUUGGUCUCUAUCAUCAACCAAGCAGCAACUUCGUGACGAACCGACGAGAUCCCACUGGGUUGAUUUGCAAUCCGUGUCCAUCAGGCACAUUCUCCUCCAAAUUGGCUGACGACGCAGGGAUUACCUUUGUGUGCGAGCCCUGCCCAGCAGGCACCAAACAACCUUCAGGCGCGUCCGUUGAGUGCGUUCCGUGCAAGGAAGGAGAGUACCAGGUAUGA